AUGAUCAUUGAUUAUUCAUUGUUUGGUGAUGUUGUUAUCUUUGACACUACAUUUUGCACAAACAAAAUGUAUAGACUGUUUGGUGUUUUUGCUGGGUUCAACCAUCAUAGGGGUGUAACCAUAUUUCGAGAUGCACUUCUAUAUGAUGAGACGGUUGAGUCUUUCAAAUGGUUGUUUCAGACAUUCUUGGAGGCACAUGGGCAAAAGAAUCCUAUAACCAUAUUUACUGAUCAAUAUGCUGCAAUGGCAAAGGCAAUAGCUGAAGUUUUACCUAAGACAUGGCAUGGAUUAUGUACCUGGCACAUAAUGCAAAAUGGGAUAAAGCAUCAUGGUAAUCUGAUGAAGCAUGGAUCACCUUUUCUUAAGGAUUUGAAUAAAUACAUAUUUCAUUAUGAAGAUGUAGAGGAGUUUGAGAAUGCUUGGAAAAAGUUGCGUGAUGAUUACCGACUUGAGAAUACUUCAUGGCUAGAUCGGAUCUACAAAAUUAAAGAGAAAUGGGCACUGGAGGAUAAACGUACCAAUGAACUGAAGGCUGAAUUUGAUGCAAGAAAUACGAUUCCUAAGAACAUGAAUUCCAAGUCACCUGUACUGAGACAAGCAGGAAAAGUUUACACCCCUUAUAUAUUUGAGCGCUUUCUAGAGGAGCAUGACUAUAUGAGUGCUUGUGUCAUAAAAUCCCGUAAGGGGGAUGAUGUCUUCUGUGAGUAUGUGGUCGGAUUGGUUGAAGAGGAAAUGAAGCUUAUGGAAGGGGAAUAUGUGGUCUUGUAUAAUGCAUCUGAGCAAUUGAUAGAAUAUAGUUGUAGAAAGUUUGAGACAUUUGGCAUCCUUUGUUGCCAUGCUUUGAAAAUCUUGGAUGUGCUAGAUUUUAAGUGUAUUCCUAAAAAGUAUAUUUUAAGGAGAUGGACACGGGCACUAGUAAACCAAGCUUCUAAUACAGAAGCUGGUUUUGAGAUAGCCAAAAUGAAUGUCGAUUUGUUGUCUAAACAGCUUGCAGCACUAGAUGUCAAUAGUCCCAAUAAAGAAACUUCUUCAUUUGAAUGCUUUGAUGUCAACACUGAUUUGGUGCUUAAAAAGAAAAAAUGUACAAAAGGUAAUAGCAGCAAGAGGCAUAAGGGUUGGAGUGAGAAUAUAGGCAAGCAGAAGACCAAGAAUGGAAAAAAAGCAUACAAAAGCCACAGCUCAGUUGAAAUAGAAAAUACUCAAGAUAUAGAAAGAUCUCAAGAUAUGAAAAACACUCAAGAUACAGAAAGAUCUCAAGAUCUGGAGAACCUUCAAACUUUCACAUCAUCAGGAUUCCCAUCUCAUGAUUUGGUUUCAUGUGAUGUUCGUGAUGCAUCUCAACCAAUGGACACCCCUCAAACUUUCACGUCUCUUUUAUUGGGAGGAGGUUCUUCACAAGGUUCAACACCACCACCUGUACUACAUCCAUCUCAAUAUCAAGGAACAGGUGAAUAUGUGAAAAACCUCAUUCGUAAUAAUGGAACUUUUGGUGAGGCUGAGACAUAUGACCUCUUCAGUUACUGCCCAUUAUCAAGAGAAAAGACGAAAGAACCAGAGAUCUUGAAGAUUUUAAAUUCCUGUUUUGAGUUUUAA